AGCUUCCAGAAAACUGGACUGACACAAGGGAGACCAUCUUGGAGGGCAUCCUCUUUAACCUGCGUCAUCUCGGCAUGACACUAGUGGACCAGCCCAAGGGAGAGGACCUGUCAGCUGCUGCUGUCAAGAGGAUUGUGGCCACGGCUAAAGCCAGUGGGAAAAAGCCUCAGAAGGUUGCUCUCAAGGUUUCCCCUCAGGGAAUAGUCCUGUACGACAGCUUGAAUAACAAACUCCUGGAAAAUGUCUCCAUACACAGAAUAUCCUACUGCACAGUGGACAAACUGCAUAAUAAAGUGUUUGCUUAUAUCGCUCAAAACACCCUCAAUGGGACCCUGGAGUGCCACGCUUACCUCUGCUCCAAGAGGAAAGUGGCUCAGGCAGUGGCUUUGACAGUAGCCCAGGCCUUUACAGUAGCUCUUGAGCUCUGGCGAGUGGCCAAAGAAGAGAAAGAGAAAAGAGUGAAGUCUGGUUCAACAGUAGAGGCCAGCAGUAGCUCCGAUUCUAACAGCCUGGGGAGCCUGAAAGAAUCAGAUGUUGCUAAAGACAACCUAUUAGACUUGGAGGACAGUGUGAAUGUUGUAGUGAAGACCAAUGGGAAUGUAAAGGAGGACCAAGUAGAUAACCACAGGCUCUCUGAGACAAAUAAGAACCCUGCCUGGGAAGUAGAAGAUGGUUUGGAUGAAGCCUUCUCCAGACUGGCAGUGUCGCGUACUAACCCCCAGGUCCUGGACAUUGGGGUGACACCUCAAGACUGGCUCAGUGAACCUGACUGGGAAUUAACAAGAUGGUAUCUUCCAGCUUCUGACUGGCUGAACACACCUGAGCCAGGUAAUCAGCAGCAGGUCGGGCAGGAAUAGUUGGAAAACAAACAGGACAGCGACCCUCAAGGACUGGAACUGGCCACCCCUGCUCUAUAGCAUCUUUAUCUAGCUGGUUAUAUCUUCAGCUUUGGACCAAGACAGUCAUUUGGACUCUCUAUUGCCAAACCAAGAUAUUACAGCAAGUCAAAUUCUGCCUAAUAAGCUGUUCUCUUUCUGUGGUGUUGUCCUAAAGUCACAGUGUAGGUUAAUCGAAGCAAAUAUUAGUUUUGAAGCAGGUUGUCAUGAGGGGGGAACAUCAAAGGAUGCUUUGUGUUAGACUGCACCUGUAAACCAACAGCAAAAAGACAUGACUGCGGGAGAGAAGGACACACUGGACUCCAUCCUCUCUGGCUUCCUUGUCAUGGCUACUCCCACACACAUUUCUUGCCACGUUCUGUAUUCAACCCAUGUGUAUGAACACGAAUCGGGACGACUAAGCGUCACACAGUCUGCCUCUCGCCGUCUAACAGCCUGUGGCUCAGUGAUGCUUUUUU